AUGAAACUCUUGACCAAAUUCAUUCGCAUUGGAAUCGCUGAUAAAAAUGACAAUCCUCCUUAUUUCGAUAAGGCCCUGUACGAAGCGGAAGUCGACGAAAAUGAAGAUAUACAGCACACCGUUCUCACUGUCACCGCCAAAGAUCACGAUGAAUUGGAUGCCUUUGAUGUAAUACCCAACAAAAUAGAAAUUGAGAGUCAAACCCAAUCAAGUCAACCAUUUGAGAUCACUAACUUGCUAGUAUACUCGUCAACUCCGGGUUCAGAAACUUUGGCAGCUCAACGAGAAGAUCCAGCAACAGAAAACGCGAUUCCCCUUCGGAGCUCUAGAAGAUGUACUAGAAAACCAAGUCAUCUACAAGACUACAUCUAA